UGGGCGUGUACAGAAUGUCACGUGUCAUAUGAAGCCCGCUCCGAUUGGUUGAAUGUGUGCUGACUACCUCCGGUCUUGUAUAGCACACAAUUUGAAUUUUCCUUCGCUUAGCUCCGUCUGCCACCUCUGCCUCUUUUACUUACAACACCAGCGGCGGCGAAUUUGCAGAGGAAACUAUGAAUAAUGAGACCCGCACAUUAUUUGAGAGAGUCGCGAAAAAGAUGGGAUGGGAUGAUGGAGGACUGGACACAGCAGAAAAAAAGCUGAUUAGCUCAAUUGGCAAAACUCGUCAUCCUGCCUUAAGCAGUUUUGGAUCUCUGGCUCAAACAGCCUCUCCAGUCCAGCUUGCCCUCAGUGACAGUGAAGAUGAUCCAGAGAAGGAGAACCAGUUUUGUAAGGGCAACGAUUACAGAAACAAAUAUAUGACUGAGUCAAGUGAUGACGACUUCGAACAAUUCCUUGUGGGAAGAGCUACGCCAAAAGCAAAACCGUCCUCACUAAAAGCAUGCAGUGCUGCAAAGAAAGAAAGUUCAAAUGUUCUCACGGUGAGCUCAGACGAUGACGGCGGUUUUGAAACAUUUCUGCAGCGAGUGAAAACCCCAAAAGCCAACCCUAAAAACCUUUCACAGAGUGGGAGUGAAGACAGCCUCACAAAGUUCAUAGUGGAAGACCUCUCAUCAGAUGAUGACUUUAUUCCGACAAAAUCAUCUGGUAAAGUGCCAAAGAGCUAUACUCCAGCAGUCCUUCAUUCACCAAGGAGGCCGCUGUCUCUGUGUGCCUCUCCCGUCUUUGUGAGUGACAGUGAUGAUGAUGAUGAUGAAGAAAACAUUGUGGUCAAGAGCACUUGGAGGACUCGCCACUCAAAACCUAAGCCCACACCAAAGGCUGACCAGAAAAAAGCUCUGCGGUGGGAUGAAAACGACAGUUCGCCAUUCCUAUCCAACCCUCCCAUCCAUUCUCCCUUUUUUCUCCUUCCCCACAAAACUCAAACAUCACUGGCCUCUCCAAAACGCACUCUCUCAGCCCCUUCAAAGCUGGAUGAUUCGGCCAGUUCCGAGGAAGAGUUCAUAUCCCUACUGGAUAGACUGAAAAAGAAAAACAAGUUCCCUGGCACUUCCUUCUCUCCAAGAAGCACUAAUGAAUACAACAAAGAACCUCCUGUGCCAGCUCCUCCUUCAAGGGGACUCUCAACACAAGUCUCCAAACCAUUAAGGGAAACACCUCUGCAGAUAAAGACUCCAGGAAAAUCCACCAUCUUGAAGCCCACUGUCAGUCAGACUGAGCCCAGGCACGGCCCCAUCAGCAGGGUAGCACUGUGCAGGACCCCAGGGUGCUUCUUGCAGUCCUUAUCGAACACUGGUUCCAGCUAUGGCCGCAAUUUUAAGCAGAACAAGGAAGAACUCACCAGUAGACUCUACCUGCUGUACAAUUCCAGUGUGUUUGACUCUAAGCUCCCCGGAAAUAUGUCAGUGACUUGGAAUAAGAAGUUGCGUAAAACUGCCGGUUACUGUAUCACGGGGCAGGAGCGAGGUGGAGGGAACCGCUACGCCCGCAUUGAACUGUCCGAUAAAGUCUGUGACUCUGCAGAUCGUCUGAGGGACACGCUGAUCCAUGAGAUGUGUCACGCUGCAACCUGGCUGAUUAAUGGUGUGAGGGACGGGCAUGGAAACUUCUGGAAGCUGUAUGCUCGCAAGUCCACAUUGGCACAUCCUGAGCUGCCCAUGGUCACUCGCUGCCACAGUUAUGACAUCAAGUACAAGUUCCAGUACCAGUGCACCCGCUGCCAGAACUUGAUCGGACGUCACUCCAAGUCGCUGGACACGCAGAAGUUUGCGUGUGCGCUCUGUUCAGGACAGCUCGUCUUACUGAUGCCGGCCAAGCAGCGUGCUCCCACACCUUUUGCCAACUUCGUCAAAGAGAACUACGGGACUGUGCGACAGGACAUGAAAGGACAAAGCCAUGCCGAAGUGAUGCGCAAACUUAGUGUGGACUUUGCUUCUACUAAACUAAAUCAGAGCUGAGACAUCGAUGCUCGUUGUUCUUGAAUCUAAAGACUGAGCCUAACAACAACAGGAAGCCUCUCCCAAUUCUGAAAUACCUCUGUCAACUGGUACUGAGUGAGCAGCUGUGACUAUUUAUAUUUUCUUUUUGUAUUUUGUCAUUCCUUGUUCAGGAAAUCUUCUAUUCAUCAGCUUGUGGUAAAAGGCUGGAACUGUAAAAACUGAGCCUCAACAUUAAGUUUCACAAUCGUGUGUGCUGUUCAUGUGGAUAAUGUGUCAAACAUGUAUGUAAUUCAUACCUCCUCUUGUCAUUGUACGGGGCGGUCAAUUAAUUUCUUAUUGCAUUUUUUAUAAUCGACUAGUUUCAUCUUUCUGUUUUUAUGAAGUUUAUCAAUAAAGUUGAAAUGUGUAACUGUUCAUGAAAUGG